UAUUAUUUUAACAAUCUCUCAGUUACUUUAUUUUAGCUGUCUCAAACAAUAAACAUUAAAAUGCAUGUUAAUGUAAAAAUAGUUUUCUCAAGUUUAUUGUUGUGUAUUAUUUUAAAUCAAAUAAACACAUUGUUUGUGGGUAUUGAAGAUAAUUCAAAUUUAUAUCAGCGAUAUCCGCAUACUCUAGCAUUUAGCUGUCAUUAUGAUCGGGAAAUCGAUGACAAUGUCAAAGAACUGUCCGUUUUAUUUAACAGCAAAAAAGUUUUCACAGCAAAAAAAGUGGAAGAAAAAUGGGAAUAUAAAGUUGACAAUUCAGCCGUCAAUAUUACAGGAAAUUAUGAUAUAAUAUAUGAUAAAUUAAAUGUUAAGAUAAUUAAUGUAAACAACAAAGCAUUUGGUGAAUACAAGUGUUCAGUUGGUUAUCAUUCGGGCGAAGAAAAAAAAGACUUAAUCCGGGAGUCGUCGGGAAAAGUUGAGGUCAGUAGACGUGAAACUGACGACGCCUUUACUGUUGAAGUGAUUAACAAUAUAUUUGACGAAAUUGGACGCAAAAGAACCGAUGAAAUCGAUAAAAUAGUUGAUAAUUAAAUUAUAGUUAUUUUAUUAUU